AAUAACUUAAAAAAAAACCUAACCCUUCCUUCCUCCUCCAUCUUCCACCUCACGAGUGUGAAUCAAUGGAGUAUUUAUCUAUCAUAUUCCUAUAUGUUCAGUCAUUCUUCUUCUCCUUCCUUGCUCUCCCUCUCCCGGCUUUAUUUUUCAACUUCAAAAGAAAAAACAACCACCACCACCACCACCACACACCCAAUCCAUCCACGGCGGCGACACCAGACUGGUCUCAACUCCCGGCGGAGCUCCUCCGUCUAAUCUCAGAACGCAUCGACACUCCACUCCACCUCCUCCGCUUCCGAUCCGUCUGUUCCAUCUGGCGCUCUUCCGCACCCCCUGUCAUCCCCCUCCACCAUUACCCCUUCGAUUUCUCAACGCUCCCUGAUCACGACGCCUUCACCUUCUCCCUAACCAAACGCACCGUCGUCCUCAUCACCCCACCACCACCGCACCACCAAACCCUAACCCCAUGGUUGGUCAAAAUCGGCCAAGACCUAUAUGGCCGGAACCGCCUCUGGCACCCACUCUAUCGGAACCCACACUUCGCAAUCCAUGAAAAGCGUGUGCUCGAUUUGUACAACCUCUCUGCUUUACCAAUCGGGAACGAGUUCGACCUUCGCCAAUCCCCUCCCAACGGCUCCCUCUACAUGGAAAAGGUAGUGGCGGUUCAGGGGAAGCAUGGGGUUUCCGUGUUGCUCACGAUUCACAUAUCCGGUAAGCUGGCGCUGUUUCGCAGCGGCGACGAGUGCUGGAGGAUUAUUCCAGACAUGCCCACGCCCUAUGAUGAUGUUUGCGUCUUCAAUGGCCGGCAUUUCGCGGUGGAUGGCACCGGUAGGACGGUCAGGGUGCGGUCAGAUUUUGAAUUGGAGGUAGUUGCUGAGGCGGUGUUUGGCGGGGAUAGGAAGUUCUUGGUGGAGAGUGAGGGAGAGCUGUUGCUGGUGGACAAACAUAUGUCCUCUAAUUGUGGUGGAGACGCGGAGGAGGAUGAGGAAAAUGAUGAUGAUGAUGAUGGUGGUGGCGGGGUUUAUAGGGUUGGGUGGGAGAGAGCCGCGAAAUUCGACGUGUUUAAGCUUGAUGAGAAGGAGAAGAGGUGGGUGGAGGUGACGAGUUUAGGGGACCGGGUUUUGUUCUUGGGGGAUUACUGCUGCUUCUCUGCUUCGGCUUCGGAUUUGUGUGUUGGUAGGGGGAACUGUGUGGUCUUCAAGGAUGAUGCACUUGAAUGCGAGAUAGGUGUUUUUCCUUUGGAUGUCGGUCGGGUUUCCCCUCUGUCUAAUCAUCCCGAUUACUCCAGGUUGUUCUUGCCACGUGAGGAGUGUAUCGGGUUGCAUUGCCAUUGACAGACAAGAUAGAAUGUUUGUUUUCAUGGUGUUCAAAGAAGCAAGAUGUAGUGGCUCGAAGUACAGCUGAGGCAGAAUAUGUAGCCAGCUACAACUGUGAGUCAAGCCAUUUGGCCAAGAAAAAUAUUUUGUUUUACACAUGGAGCAAAGUGAACAAUUUUUAUUGACAGUCAAGCUGCAAUAUCAAUUUCAAACAAUCUUGUUUUUCAUGGCAACACUAAGCAUUUUAAGAUCAAGUUCUUCUUAAGGAGAUGCAAAGAGAAGGAUAAAUCAAGUUGCUGCGUUGCCAGACUGAAAGUCUCAAAACUAGAUUUUAAGCUUUGAGAUUCCAACCUCCAAGGCAAGGGAGGAGUGUUGAGAAAUUAAGCAUGUGCCUUUGGAUGAUGCUUAGAGUAGAUUAGUUUAGUUUGAAUGAGUCAACUAAAAAUCUUCCACUAAUGAUUCUUAAUUCUGUCCUACAUUUGGAGUUCUUAAUAAUAAUUCUGUAUAUUCUUCUUAGGAAAGUAUAAUAUCUAUUUGUAAUCAUUCUGUAUAUUCUUCUUGAAAACACUAAACAAUAUCUAUUUGUUCUUUUAUUGAAUACUUUCUUAAUCUUUA